CAUGUACAAUAGCUUAUUAAGAACCAUAGUUUACUCAUCUUACCUUUUUUCGUUACUGGCGAGGGUACGAUCAGUUAGUUAUUUUUAAAUAAAAUAAUCCAAAUAAGUACAAACGAUUAAAUUUUAUACUUCUACAUUAACAGUAAACUGAACUUUCACUUUUGAUAUAAUUUUGUGGUUAUAUUACUGAAUUAUUAUAUUUACUUGUGUAUUGAAUUUUACUGGUCACUUAAAAUUUUUAAACAACAUGACAAAUGAAAUCAGCAAGCCGAAAACAAAACUUUUCGUUAAAAAGCGCGAUGGUCGAAUGGAAGAAGUCUUGAUGGACAAAAUUACUUCAAGAAUAGAAAAUCUGUGUGAUGGGUUGAAUAUGGAUUUCAUUGAUCCUGCUGAAAUAACAUUAAAUGUUAUUAGUGAUCUUUGCCCAGGAAUAAGUACUGUUCAAAUAGAUAAUUUAGCUGCUGAAACUGCAGCUUAUUUGACAACAAAACAUCCUGAUUUUGCAGUACUUGCUGCAAGGAUUGCAAUAUCUAACCUUUAUAAGGAAACAAAAGAAAAGUUUAGUCAUGUUAUAUAUGAUUUAUAUAAUAUGACUAAUGAACGUAAUCAAAGUCGAAUGCCUAUAAUUUCUGACUUCCAUUACAAUACUAUCAUGAAACAUGCUGAUAGAUUGAAUAGUGCCAUAAAUCAUGAAAGAGAUUCUAGCUAUAGUUAUUUUGGUUUUAAGACUCUUGAAAAAUCAUAUUUGUUAAAAAUAAAUGAUAAAGUUGUUGAACGUCCUCAACAUUUAUUAAUGCGUGUCUCUAUUGGUAUUCAUGGUGAAGAUAUUGAUUCAGCUAUAGAAACAUAUAACUUAAUGUCAUUAAAAUAUUUUACUCAUGCUUCUCCAACUAUGUUUAAUGCAGCUACACCUAAACCUCAACUUUCAAGUUGUUUUUUGGUGGCAAACCAAUCUGAUUCCUUGGAUGAUUUAGCAAAAACUAUUAAGACUUGUGCAAAAAUUUCUAAAUCUGCUGGUGGUAUUGGAAUACAUGUACACAAUACUAGUGCAGCUGGUACUACUUGGGUAGCAUAUCCUAAACAAAAAUCUCCAGGACUUGUUGAACAACUUAAAUGUUUAAAUGACUUAGCACAAUAUGUUGAUCAAGGAGGAAGGAGAGCUGGAGCUGUAGCAGUGUAUGUUGAACCUUGGCAUGCAGAUAUUUACACAUUCACCGAACUGCGUAAAAAUACUGGUGACAAGGAAGAAAAAACAAGAGACUUAUUUUUGGCACUAUGGAUUCCUGACGAAUUUAUGAGACGUGUGGAAGCAGAUGAAACAUGGAGUUUAAUGUGCCCACGUAAAUGCCCAGGACUUGCUGAUGUUUGGGGAGAUGACUUUGUUAAACUAUAUAAAAAAUAUGAAGAUGAAAAAUUAUACAACAAACAGGUUUCAGCAAGAGAAUUGUGGUUUCGUAUUAUUACUUCUCAGAUUGAAACUGGUAUGCCUUAUGUAUUAUAUAAAGAUGCUUGUAAUGCUAAAAGUAACCAAAAAAAUUUGGGUACAAUUAAAUGUAGUAAUCUUUGCACUGAAGUAAUACAGUACACCUCACCUGAAGAGGUAGCUGUCUGUAAUCUCGCAUCAAUUGCUGUGAAUAUGUUUGUUAAGUCAAAUAAAGAAUAUGACUUUGAAAAGUUAUUAAAAAUUACCAAAACAGUUACUAAAAAUUUAAACAAAGUGAUUGAUGUUAACUUUUAUCCUGUGAAAGAAGCCGAAGUUUCUAAUAAACGACAUCGUCCUAUUGGUAUUGGUGUUCAAGGAUUGGCAGAUUUAUUUUUAUUGAUGCGUUAUCCAUUUGGAUCUCCUGAGUCAAGAAAACUUAAUAUUCAAAUAUUUGAAACUUUAUAUUAUGGUGCCCUGGAGGCUAGUUGUGAGUUGGCUGAAAAAGAUGGAACUUAUUCAUCAUACACAGGCUCGCCCAUAAGCCAAGGAAUUUUACAAUAUGAUAUGUGGGGUGUUCAACCUACAGAUUUAUGGGAUUGGAAUGUCUUGAAAGCUAAGAUUGCCAAACACGGAGUCAGAAACUCAUUAAUGUUGGCCCCAAUGCCAACCGCAUCUACUGCUCAAAUUCUUGGUAAUAAUGAAUCCAUUGAACCUUAUACUACAAAUUUAUACUAUAGACGUACUCUAUGUGGAGAAUUCAGUGUCGUUAAUCGUCAUUUAUUGAAUGAUCUAAUUGAGUUAAAUCUUUGGAAUGAAGAUAUGAGAAAUGAAUUAAUAUAUUAUAAAGGAUCUGUACAAAAAAUAGAUAGAAUUCCUUCUGAAAUUAAAGAACUUUACAAAACUAACUGGGAGUUAUCUCAAAAAAUAAUUUUAGAUAUGGCAGCUGAUAGAGCUGCCUACAUUGAUCAAUCACAAUCAUUAAAUAUUCAUAUUGAACAACCGACUAUAGGCAAAAUAUCUUCAGUUCACUUUUAUGGAUGGAAAAAAGGUCUUAAAACGGGUAUGUAUUAUUUAAGAACCAGACCUGCAGCUGAUCCUAUUCAAUUUACAGUAAAUAAAAGUACCCUUUCUAAUAAUGUUGCAAGUCAGACUGAUAAAGAUGAAGCCUUAAGUAUGAAGCAAUUAAUUUGUUCCCUAGAAAAUAGAGAUGCUUGUACUAUGUGUGGAGCAUAAUAAUGCCAAUUAUUAAUUUUUUAUCUUAUUAUUUGAAAUAUUUAUAUUUUUAUUAAUUCCACUAAUUUUUUUGAAGAAUAAUUUUAUAAUUUAUGAUUGAAUAAAUGCACUACUUUAAUGUGUUCAAAAUUUGA